AUGCACUUACGACAUAUCGUCUUUCUGCUUAUUCGUCCAAGUUUUAGUGCUUCGCCUCCUCGUGAUACCGCACAAAACUCUGCCGAUCACACGAUAGACCUGGAAUUACGGCUCGCUUUGCCUGCGAGUUCACAGACAGCCAAUGUUCCUCAGCAUUCUACUUCUACUCAUAUCAUAUCGCCUACUAGAUCAAGACCAAAGAAAAAAAGUGAAGCAGAAAGAGGUGCUUCAAAGGGGUCUAUAGAAGAAGCCGUAGGAAUUACACGAUCUGAAACAAGCCUGACAGAUGCCCAUCCUAUGACACAGCCUUCGAAUCAGGUGCACAGCGAAACAGAGGCUGCUAUUGCAGCUUCUCCAAUGCACAAGAACCAAUUACCAACCGAAGUGCUUUCGAUCACCCCCUUUCUCGUUGGGACGCAGCAAAAAAAUGCAAACACAAAAAGAAAGCCUUCCGAGAAAUAUCGUCAGAAGAAGCUCUUGAAACAGAAGUUGAAAAGACAAAGACUCAAAGAAGAAGGUGGUGAAGUACAAGAAGCUUUCCAAGUUAAAGAAAGAGGUUAUGCGAAAAAGGCUCGAUCAAAACUUCGAAAUGAUCCGGUUAAGCUCGAAGAAUACAGAAAGUACCAUAGACUAGCUGCUCGAAGGAAUUAUCAAGAGAAGAAGAAAGAUCCGGUUGCGUUUGCCGCGUUCAUAAAAAUGAAAAGCGAAAGAUCUACUAAAAGAAAGCAAAUGCUGAGGGCCAAAAACAGAGAUCCCAGUUGAUCGCGGAAGACAUUUCUUAGAAGUUAUGCUGACGAAAUCUUCACUGAAAAACGUCGAUAUACCCAAAGCAACAAACGACAAUUUCUGCAUUGUUCUGAAGAAGUGUCGGGGCUGAAUAACAGAUGAGGAAAAACAGACAAGUAAAGUGACUGCGCAAUCAAAGUCGGCAGGCCUUGUAAUCAACAUUCCUAUUCCUCUCCACGAUCUUUUCCCUUUGCUU